UGUUAUUUUUUCAUCCAUGAAGCUCAUAAAGCUUGGCAGUGCAGGCCAAAAAACCGACGAUUGCUUUCAUUUUUUGCUCUCAAGAGCAUUAUCUUCUGUUAAAAACCGAACUAUUCUCCACAAAGUUCAUUCUCUCAUAGUAAUAUCGGGUCAGCACCAAUCAACAUUCUUCUGUGGAAAACUCAUUUCAGAGUACUCCGAGUUCAAAGACCCUGUUUCUUCACUAUCCAUUUUCCGCAUAAAUUCACCUACCUAUAAUGUUUACUUAUGGAAUACUAUCAUUAGAGCCAUGACCCAUAAUGGGUUAUUCUCUAAAGCAUUAGACUUUUAUACCCAAAUGAGAAAAUUAAAUGUUAAGCCGGAUAAUUAUACUUUUCCUUCGAUUAUUAGUUCGUGUGGCAAUUUAUUGGAUCUUAAAAUGGCUGAAAUUGUUCAUGAUGAUGUUUUGGGAAUGGGUUUUGGAUCAGAUUUGUAUAUAUGUAAUGCUUUGAUUAAUAUGUACGCGCGGAUGAAGAAAUUAGGGAGUGCGCGUGAGGUGUUUGAUAAAAUGCCUCAUAGAGAUGUGGUUUCUUGGAAUAGUUUGAUUUCGGGGUAUAGUGCGAAUGGGUAUUGGGAAGAGGCGGUGGAAGCUUUUCGGGAGGGAAGGUUAUUGGGUGUUGUUGCUGAUACUUUUACUGUGUCUAGUGUUUUACCUGCAUGUGGGGGGUUGAUGGAGGUUGAACAGGGUCAGAUAGUUCAUGGGUUGGUGGAGAAGAAUGGAAUUAAGGGAGAUAUGACUGUGAGUAAUGGACUUCUUUCGAUGUACUUUAAGUUUGAGAGGUUGUUGGACUGUCAGAGAAUCUUUGAUGAGAUGAUAGUUAGAGAUACUGUCACUUGGAAUAUCAUUAUUUAUGGGUUUUCUCGCUCCGGGUUGCAUCAGGAGUCCAUCAACUUGUUUCGAGAAAUGGUUUGCGAGUAUCAGCCGGAUCUGCUUACAAUUACUUCUGUUUUACAAGCUUGUGGACAUUUGGGGGAUUUGAGAUUUGGAAGAUAUGUUCAUGACUUUAUUUUUAAACACAGAUAUGAAUGUGAUACUACUGCUAGCAAUAUCAUUAUUAACAUGUAUGCAAAAUGUGGUGAUUUAGCAGCUGCAAGGCAAGUAUUUGACAACAUGAAAAAUUGGGAUUUGGUCUCAUGGAACUCAAUGAUUAGUGGUUAUGUUGAAAAUGGGUUUAAUAAGGAAGCAGUAGAUCUGUUUAAGAUAAUGAGGAUAGACUUGCAACCGGAUUCUGUCACCUUUGUGACACUUCUGUCAACCUGUACAAAGUUGAUGGACAUGAAUUUCGCAAGAGAGCUCCACUCUGAUAUAAUUAAGAGAGGAUAUGAUUCCACUCUUAUUGUGGGCAAUGCUCUUCUAGAUGUGUAUGCCAAAUGUGGUAAAAUGGAGCAUUCUUUGUGGCAAUUUGAAAUCAUGAAUACUAGAGAUAUUGUAACGUGGAAUACUAUUAUUGCUGCAUGUGGUCAUAAUGAGGAAAGUUACGUAGGUUUAAAGAUGCUCAGUAGGAUGAGAAUGGAAGGUAUCAUGCCUGAUGUUGCUACCAUUUUAGGUUCGCUGCCUUUGUGUUCCUUGCUUGCUGCCAAAAGACAGGGGAAAGAGCUGCAUGGCUCCAUUAUCAGGCUUAGUUUUGAGUCACAUGUCCCUGUUGGAAAUGCACUGAUCGAAAUGUACUCCAAAACUGGGAGUUUAAAGAAUGCAAUAUCGGUCUUUGAGCACAUGAGGAUCAAAGACGUGGUGACGUGGACAACAAUGAUAUCUGCAUAUGGAAUGUAUGGCGAAGGAAUGAAAGCUCUCAGAUCUUUUCAAGAGAUGAAGGAGAAGGGUACUAUUCCAGAUCAUAUUGUUUUUGUUGCCGUUAUAUAUGCAUGUAGCCAUUCUUGUUUAGUGCAAGAAGGUCGUUCUUUCUUUAACCAAAUGAGAAAAGAAUACAACAUUGAGCCUAGGAUUGAACAUUAUGCUUGCAUGGUUGAUCUUUUAUCACGUUCUGGGCUACUAGCUGAAGCAGAGGACUUUAUCCUUUCUAUGCCGCUGCAGCCUGAUGCAAGUAUGUGGGGAGCUCUACUUAGUGCUUGUCGAGCUAGUGGAGAUACCAAGACUGCUGAACGUGUUGUAGAACGUCUUGUUAAAUUAAACUCUGACGAUCCGGGGUAUAAUGUUUUAGCUUCCAACGUAUAUGCCAAUUUGGGGAAGUGGGACCAAGUGAGAACAAUACGAAAAUCCUUGAAAGCUAGAGGACUCAAAAAAGGCCCAGGAUGUAGUUGGAUUGAAAUUCGCAACAGAGUUUUUAUUUUUGGCACUGGGGAUAGGUCCUUUCAACAAUACAAACAAGUCAAUGAGCUCAUACGGGACCUCAACAAUGCAAUGGAUAUGGAAGGUUAUGUUGCUGACUUAAAAUUUGUUUUGCAUGAUGUUGGUGAAGAUGAGAAGAUAAAUUUUCUUUGUGGGCAUAGUGAAAGACUUGCUAUAGCAUUUGGAUUGUUGAACACAAAAGAAGGUUCACCUUUGCAAGUAAUGAAGAAUCUCCGGGUUUGUGGGGAUUGCCACACUUGGACCAAGUAUGUGUCAAAAAUUGUGCAGAGGGAAAUACUAGUUAGAGAUGCAAAUCGCUUUCACUUGUUUAAGGAUGGGACAUGUAGCUGCAGAGACUACUGGUGAUUAAAGUCUGUCGUACUUCCUCAUACUUAGCAGAUAAAAAGAUUACUACAAUUGAAGAAAUUAAUGAUUUAUCAUUUGGAAACAAUCUGGUGGUGAAAUAUCUCUGAUUGUUAGAUUUGUGAGGUUUCAAGCUAUAUCUCCUGUACUAUUACGUUUCUACCUUAAGUUGCAGGACUGGUGCACUAUUUGACUUCAAAAAGAGAUGCAAAAGUAUUAAGGAUCUUCGUAUCUGGGCCUGCUUCUUUCUAGUGGAAUAGCGUGCCUACUUUCUCAUUCGGAGGUCAAAAGAUAGAGAUACAUACAAAGGUAUACUACUAUAUUUCUUUUCUGGUAGGUUAAAAGUACAUUAAAUUUCUUGCUGUUAUACACCUGGUAUUGGACGUUUAAUUCAAUAGUCCAACCAUUUAAAUCUCAUAAGUCAGUAGUUUUGUCCUCUUUAUCAUGAAUGGGUUUAUACAUACAUCAAGAAAAAGAAUAUACCUGGUAGAUCCGUGAGCUUCUUUUCGAUUGAUCUUUUCAUUCGUCCAUAAUAUCUUUUUGUUGCUUCUAUCAGUCGGAUCAUAAUUCCAGAAAAUAAAGUUUACAUGACAAAUUAAACACCAUUAUUGUUAAUGACCUCACUAGGUUCUGGGACUAUUAUCCGAGCAAUCAAAAGCUUGAUCAUAGCCCACCGGGGUUCGAGAUAUAAGUGGCAGAAGAAAAAUGAAAGUUGUCUAUAAUUAUAAGCUAGAUAUUUCAUGGGAACUCGUGUUACUAAUUCAUUCAUUGAAUAUCUUUCUUGCCCGUAUGAAGAAUGUGGAAUAGCAGGAACCAGCAAAAUACUCCUAAAGGGAAUGAACACAGAACGUGAGCUACUUUGAGUUCAACUUUGUGCUAGGUGCAUGGAGGAAACUUGUAUGUAACAAUCAAGGGUGUCCUAGGUGGAUUUUUAUGCUUACUUUAGCUGGUCAUGGCAGAUUGACUACCAGAGAUAGGCUGGCUAGAUGGGGUGUAACUGCUGAUCAAGUAUGCCCUCUUUGUUCUGUAGAGAAUGAAAGUGUAGAGCAUUUGUUCUUCAGGUGUGACUGAAUGGUCUGCCAGAAAGUGGUUGAAGUUGUUACAGUGGCAAGGUAUAUGUAGAGCCAGUCAUGGGCUGGGAUAGGAGUGGCAAAUGGGCGGGUCGGGUCAGAUAUGGUUCGGGUCGAAAACGGAUAAUGAAGAGCGGGGUAAAUUAUCCGACCCGGCCCAUAUUUAAUACGGAUAAAAAACGGGUUAAUUGGCGGAUAAUAUGGGUAACCAUAUUAUUCAUGACUUCUUGCAUA